GCACCGCGGUCGCUCCACCUAUUGCAUGCACUUGCACCUAAGCACUACGCUCGCGAACCCAAAGACCAGUCUUGUCCUUUGUCGCGAAAAUAAGUAACCAAUCCCCUCCCACGGGUUGUUCCGCAUGACUCGUCUUUGCACUGUUGUGACCAACCGAUUUUUCCCCCCCGAGCCCCGCAGUAAAUAAAUCCACGUCAACGACAGCGGUGGUCUGGAAAACCCAGAAGCGAGAAAAAGUAACGGAUUGCCGGUAGCGAGGGCGCGUGAAUCCCGGGAGUCAGCGAAAAUUUCGAAAAUCGACCGACCAAUCAACAAUCGGUCCCCGUUGUUGCUCAGCAAACACGGCGGCGAAAAAACGUGCGUCUCGAGGAUAAGGAGCCGGGCGCACAAGAAGCUUAUCCUGGGAAUGCAUAAGACUCGACGAAAAACUCGCAACUUGCUGUUUUACCGCUGAGCCGGCCCAACGAGCCCCUCGGACAGCCCACAGGAUCGGACGACGCGGGUAUACAAGCUUUUACCGAUCUCUUAUAUAUACGUAACGAUAAUACAUAAUAUACCACACCGGCGUGCCUAAACUGUUCGUCGGCGCGUGUGCUUUUGUCUGUGUGUGGGUGUACAUACAUGUGUGUGCGGGUGUUUGCCGUCGGCGAGCACUUGUUGGCUUGAUUGGCGUGUCCAGCUUCCUUCCCCGUUGAUUUGCUCAGCUGGUAUACAUAAUCAAUCAAUUGUUCUGGAUAGUUGAAUAUCAUACAACAAAUAUAGUUAUGACUAGCGUGAAUGGAGUGAAAGACAGGAAAGAUACCGAAGUUACCGCUCAGAUAAUCAAGGAUAGUCAGGAUGAACGCAUGGAAGCUUACGGUUUCGAGGUGCAUCUCAUCUACACGUUACUCACCUUCGUCGCCUGCGUCCUGAGCCUCGGCUCCCUGCGUCUCUUCUUCCACUGGUACCCGCACCUCUACCUCUACGCCACCCACAAGAAGUGCGACCUCGGCCGAGCUACCAAAAUCCUCGUCGUUGAUGACUACCAGGGCAAGUACAAGUCUUACAUCGUCAAGGAAGUCAAGACGGUGUCUACCAAGAAUUUGAGCGCGAAAUCCUUGGGGCGCAAGUUCGAGCGGUCGAGCGCCGAGCUGGUGGAGAAGGUACGGGACGGUUGGCUCGAAUUGAACCUCGAGAACGGGAGCAAGAGAAGGGUCCAGGAGUACAGGGCGUUCUCGUGCAAGAAGCAGUGCUACGUGUGGGAUGAUAAACAAGCCGAGUUCUCGAAGCUGGCGAGCGUCGAAAGGUACGCCCUGUGCGUUGACCUGCACGCGGAGAAGGCCAAGGGAUUAUCGCGCGAGGAACAACUGCUACGCCGCCUCAUGUACGGAUACAACGAGAUUCUCGUGCCGGUGCAGAGCUUCCGCGUCCUGUUCGUCCUCGAGAUCCUCAAUCCGUUCUACGUCUUCCAAGCCUUCAGUCUGGUCGUUUGGUUCAACGAGGGCUACGUCCACUACGCCGUGGCCGUCGUCCUCAUGUCCCUCUUCGGCAUCCUCUCCUCGAUCAGGCAGACCCGCGCGAACCAGAUCAGUCUGAGGAACACGGUCGCCUCGACGGAGAGGGUGCGCGUGUUGCGCAGCAGCGGCGAGUACGAGAGCAUAUCGAGCGACGAGCUCGUACCCGGGGACAUAAUCGAGCUGCCGAGGCACCGGGCCGUGGUCGCGUGCGACGCCGUUCUACUGACGGGCAGUUGCAUCGUCAACGAGUCGAUGCUCACGGGUGAAUCGGUCCCGGUGACCAAGACGCCCCUGCAGUCGCACGCCGUGCUCUACGACGCCAGGGGACACUCCCACCACACGCUCUUCUGCGGCACUACCAUCAUCCAGACAAAGCAGUACGGGGACAAGCCGGUGCUCGCCAAGGUCAUCCGUACCGGGCUGUGGACGACCAAGGGCUCGCUGGUCGCCGCUAUACUCUACCCACCGCCCACCGACUUCAAGUUCGACCAGGACUCGUACAAACUCGUCGGGAUCCUCAUCGGGGUUGCCUUCCUCGGCUUCUUCUACACAUUGGCCGUCAUGAUCGCGAGGGGCAACACGCUCACCAACAUACUGAUAAAGACCCUCACGGUGUUCACGAUCGUCAUACCACCGGCCCUGCCCUCGGUCAUGGCAGUGGGCAAGAUGUACGCGAUAUUCCGGCUGAAGAAGAGACAGAUCUACUGCAUCAACACGCGAGCCAUCAACAUAUCCGGCAGCAUAGACUGCGUCUGCUUCGACAAGACAGGAACUCUGACAGAGGACGGGUUGGACAUGAUGGGCGUCGUGGUGCACGAGGGAAACAAGCUGAGCCAGCCGGAAAAGGACGUCACUAAGCUUAGGGACGCGCGGAUAUUCAAGGGGAUGCUGGUGUGCCACAGCCUUACGAUCAUCAACGACGAGCUCAGUGGUGAUCCCUUGGACGUGAAGAUGUUCGAAAGCACCGGGUGGGAGCUGUACGAGCCGGAACUGAUAGCCGAUCCGAUCCACCGGGGCUCGAGUCUCCAGGCCCUGUCGAUAAUCCGAGCGCCCAAGUCGAGCAAAGACAACGACGACGACGACGACGACGACGGGAGCAUGGAGAUCCUGCAGCAGUACCAGUUUUCUAGCACGCUCCAGAGGAUGUCGGUGAUAGCGAGGAGGCCCAAGGACGGCCGGUUCGUCGCCUACACCAAAGGCUCGCCCGAAAUGAUACUGAGCAUGAGCCUCAGCCGGAGCGUGCCUGCGGAUAUCAUGGACACGCUCAGGUGCUUCACCGAGCAGGGAUACAGGGUCAUUGCCGUGGCUUGCAAGGACAUCGAGGCACCCGAUGGACAGGUGCAAAAAAUCCCAAGGGAAGAGGUGGAAAAGGACUUGGAGUUUCUCGGCCUGAUAAUCCUCGAAAACAGACUAAAGUCCUCGACGAUCAAAGUGAUCAAGGAUCUCAGGGAAGCCAACAUCAAAACCGUCAUGAUCACUGGCGACAAUAUCCAGACGGCAAUAAGCGUGGCCAAAGAGUGCGGGAUAUUGUCGCAGAGCGAGAUAGUCGUGAGCGUCUCGGUCGUGCCGUCCGACAACAAAGACAGGCCCGAGAUCUACUUCAACGCGCAGGGAGCGCUGCAAUUGGAAAAGAAACUCAAACCCUCGUCCCUUGACGACCUGGAGUUCGGGGGCUACUCGAAAAAUUACAAGUUCGCGCUGACGGGCGACACGUGGCAGUUGUUGCGCGAGCACUACAACGAAUUGCUGCCGAGGAUUUGCACCCGAGGUGUCGUCUUCGCCCGAAUGAGCAGCGAUCAGAAGCAGCAGCUCGUCGUCGAACUCAUGCAGCUCGGCUAUCACGUCGCCAUGUGCGGCGACGGUGCAAACGAUUGUGGCGCACUUAGAGCCGCUCACGUCGGGAUUUCGCUCUCCGAAGCGGAAUCGAGCGUGGCGAGUCCCUUCACAUCCCGAGUUCCGGACAUCACAUGCGUGCCCACGGUCAUCCAACAGGGCAGAGCCGCCUUGGUCACCUCGUUCGGGAUCUUCAAGUUCACGGUCUGCUACUCCCUGACCGAGUUCGUGAGCACCAUCAUCCUCUACUCCAUAAGUUCCAAUUUCACUGGCCUGCAGUUUUUCUACGUGGACGUUUUCGUUUUCGUCAACUUUGCCUUUUUUUUCGGCAAAACCGAGGCGUACGAGAAACUAGCCAAAACACCGCCCACCUCGAGCCUCGUGAGCUUCACGCCGUUGUUCUCCAUCACCGUGCACACGAUCAUCAUAGCAAUGUUCCAACUAAUCGCGUUCCACGUGGUCCAGCAAUUCUCGUGGUACAAGGCCAUGGUGUGGGACGACGAGUACCGUUACGACUGCUACGAGAACUACUCGGUGUUCAGCCUCUCGACCUUCCAAUACAUCAUCAUAGCCAUCGUUUUCUCUAUGGGUAAACCCUACCGUCUGCCCAUUCACACCAACAAGUGCUUGGUGCUGUCCAUCAUCGUCGUGACCCUCGCCAACGCUUACAUCACCCUGGAUCCGGCCAAGUGGACGAUCGAUCUACUCGAGCUCCAGAUGCCACCUGUUUACGACUGGAGAUACGCCAUAAUCGUCCUUGUCCUCGUCAACGGCCUCGUGAGUAUCUGGUUCGAGUCGUUCGUUGUGGAGUACCUCAUCCAGCGCAAAGUCGGGCCCAGACUCUACAAGCCUGAAAAAUCCAAAAAAGAGUACGUGUUGGUGGAAUGCGAGCUCAGGAGGGAGCCCGAUUGGCCACCGAUCAGUCGCGAGUUACCGAGCUUACCGAUCACCCCCAGUUACGAGAAUAUCGUCAAUUCGGAGCGAAAGGCUAGCAUCGCGGAUUUGGAUUUUGUCUACGUCGUCAACGAGGACGAGAAAAAAGCUUGUGUUGGGCUCAAGGAUGGAAUCGAUAAUCCGGCGUUUAGCAGUGACGUGCAGGAUAAUGAGAUUAACCAAGCGUACUAAUGGAUUUUUCAAUCAUAGUAUUAUUAUUAUUGU